AUGUGCUACAGCCAUGAAAUCCGCUUCUACUUAGCUUUCAUGAACAUGUGUGACUUAAUUGCAGAUACUAAAGUUUUAGCAUUGGGAAUCAAUCAUAACAGUUAUUGCACCCACAAGGCCAGGUGCAGGGAAUUUAAGAACGAAAGGUUGCCUUACAGUGUUUACAUUCAUAAUCUUGGUAUCAAGUGUGAUAGCAAGUUAGAUGAUGUAGCAGCACAGUUGGGGGAGACCAGCUGCCUUCUGAAAGCCACUGAGGACAUCUGGUUCAGAUGCUGUUCCUGCAGUUACUUCACCGGAGAUCAGCAUGGAAUUGUGAGCCACCUGGUUGCCCAUGGUGAUGAACAAGUCAAGUGCCAAAAUCCUCUGUCUUCCAGCUCCAGGUCCAGAGUGCACAUUAACACUCAAAUACACAGGGGCGAUAGGUUAUCUAAGUGUAAGCUGUGCCCCCAAGCCUUUGCUGCCUUUGCUUGGAGUUCCACUUUAAAAAACCACAUUCUAACACACAAUGGUGAAAAACCUGAUAAAUGCAAGCUGUGCCCCCAGGCCUUUGCUCGGAGUUCCCAUUUGAAAGAUCACAAUCGAACACACAGUGAUGAAAAACCUUAUAAAUGCAGAAUGUUCCCCCAAGCCUUUAAUCUGGAAUCCUAUCUGAAACUCCAUAAUCGAACACACAGUGGUGCAAAACCUUAUAAGUGUAACCUGUGUUCCCAAGCCUUUGCUCGCUGUGCUAAUCUGACCCGGCACAAAAAAUUGCACACUGGUGAAAAGCCAUUUAAGUGCAAGCUAUGUUCCCAUGCCUGUGCUCGGAAGUCCUCACUGAUACGUCAUAAUCGAACGCACACAGGUGAAAAGCCUUAUUCGUGCAAACUGUGCUCACAAGUCUUUACUAGCAGUAACAGUCUGAGUCGCCAUAAUCAAUCACACUGUGGUAAAAAACCCUUUUAA